CUCGACGCGCUCGACACGCAUCGACAAGGAUUUCGUCCGUUCGGUUAGGAGAUUCUUCCUCUUCCCAGGGGUUGUGAGAGGUCCGGGAUUCUGCACUGGGGGAUACUGGGAGUGUAGUGUAGUGUUCCUGUUGCAGAUUUAGCUAUCUGGAUCUUUGCCUAGUUGUAGGGGCUUUGAUUAGGUGUCUCUGUUUGGAUAAUGUAGUGUUGUGGUGUGUUUGAAGUGGCCAACUCUAGCUGGCCUACAGGCUUCGGGGCUAGGCUCCGUGGAUGGCUCUGGCCAGCACAGCCGAGGGAUUGCUGGUAGCCUUGAGAGUGUAGCUAAAAAUAGCGAUGCUGCACGAAGGAUGGGCGCAACCGUUGCUGGAGGAAGAAGUAGAGAGCAUCAUCGUUAAACAGGAAGGAUGCCAGUAAAACGAAUGAAAAACACAUUAGUGAAAAAUGAAAUCAACAUCAAAUAAAAAAGCCAUUCCCGUUCCAGCUUUGGUUUUCGCUCUGGCUUUGGCCCAGGGAAGCUGUUAGGAGUGGUCGCAAAAAGGGUGAAGAAACAGGAAGCUGCUACCAAUCGUCCAUUAGUCGGUUUUAGAAUCUUUUCCGAAGGGAGGAAGAUUACACACAACUCUCUAGGACAACAACCGCCCUGUUGCUUCUUCGAGCUAAGCAAAGUGAAGGGAGAAGAAGUAGAAGAAGGAAUAUUCCCACGCGGCACUUCUCCUUCUUCGGGUGAAGAAGCGAGCAGCUGCCUUGAGGAGAGAUUAAAGCUGUUUGUCUGCUUUCUGUUGCUCAACUAGUGGGUACUUUAGCGGUGAAAGUGUUGUGCUCUCGGGCUUUUGUAAGUGUGUUUAUGAGUGUUUUUUAAGGCCCGACUAAUGAAGCAGUAAAACCACCUGUCGAUCCCAAUUAGCGCGGUAAUUUCGCGAACGACUCAACGAUUCCCUGGUUGCGUGUGUAUUGUGAGAUUUUCCUGGAUCUGGAGCGCUCGUGGGGCAAAAUAUCUCUGCUCUCGUAAAAAACUUGCCAUCGGAGGCCGUUUGUGGAUCACUGCUGCUAGUCACAUGUAGACAUCAACAGAACGUCGAGAGCCAACUAACAAACAUCAAUUAAUUUUUAAAACCAUCUAAACCUGCCGAGGGGGCUGAAACAUAACUUACUAACUAACCACACAUGAUUCGUCGAUUGCGGACAAUUGCGUUCAUUGUCCGAGUCCGAGUCCGAAUCUUUGAGAAAACAUUGUGAUUGUGUGAUGUGAAAAAGUGGGUGCUUUUUCUUCUGCUGAAUGGCUGUUGCUCAAUUCAGUAACGAAAAGUUUACGAAUUCAUCACCUGAUUAAAUAGAAGGUUGUUAUUUCCGUUUGCAUUUUGUUUUUGGGCUGGGCUGAGCCGAGAUCACGUAUUUCAUCCGAACUCGAAACGUGAGAAAUGAAUGGGACGACAAGGUUUUGUAUUUCACGUGGCUCUUCAGCGUUGGGUUUCGGGUUUUUCCUUCUGGAUUCGUCGUCGUUUGGUUUGGUAUUGACGAACCUCUCGCCCGAAAUGUCAUAGAGUGAUACGCAAGGUAAUCUUUAUUGGAAAAGGUUCAGACGCAACGAGAAACCUGAAACCUCGUCUUAUACACACACACACACCGAAAGAAGGAUACUCGAGAGAGAUGCCAGCCGCAGUUUAAGGUGUAAAAAGUUGUGCUAAGAGUGGGUGUGCUAACAUCAAAGGUUCGGAAAGAUUCAUGAUUUUCGCAUGAGCACAUCAGGUACCGAGUGAAGUAAAUAUGUCAAAUACGACACAUAAGUGGAUGUAUUUCAUCGUGUUCUGAGGAAAAUUCAUCGCAUGGAAUGCUCCAGAAAGUGAUUGCUAAGCGGAAGGCAGCCAAGUUGAAAUUUACCAAUUAAUUUACAAAGUGAAGUGUGUAUGAGUGGGUUGCGAAAAUACCUGAUGCACAUAUGAGCUAGCUAGAGAUAAGUGUGAAGCUUAUGCGAGUGUCUAAAGUACAAUGAAUAACAAUCAAAUAUAAAUAAAAUCCUGUUCAGAGAUAUAACAUAGUUUGAUGAGUUAAAUUCGAAAAUAACUUAUAAACGAGCCAAAAAGAGUUGAACAAAUUGAAUUAAAGUUUCGAAUAUCGUCUGAAUAGUUUGAAAACCAGCCUUUCAAUGCUCAGCCCAAAAAUGCAGCGUGCCGUUCGCGUCAACGAGCAUCAGCUGACCAUGCUGUCCGAUCGGGCACAGUAUGAUCACUCGAUGCAUGGCUACUUGCACAAACGAGCAGCGGACAACAACAAAUGGCAAAUGCGUUGGUUUGUUCUGUACCAGAACCUGCUAUUCUACUACGAAUCGGAACAAUCCAGCCGCCCUUCCGGGUUGAUCUUCCUGGAAGGGUGCUACUGCGAACGGCUCGUUUCAGCCCCCUCGUUAUCCGGUCCGCCGAUUGGCAGUGGCAGCGGACAGGGAGCCAAGGCGAUCAAGGAGGAGAAACUGCAGCACUGCUUCACCAUCUGCUAUCGAAGGGAAAACCAACGCCAGUACGAACUGCGAGCGUCGACGGAAUCCGAAUGUUCAGCGUGGAUCAUCGCGAUUCGAGAGGCGAGCUUCAACAAGCUGUUGCUCCAGAAAGAAGAGCUGGAACAGAAACACGUCCAUCUGCUGCAGGUUGUCGAAAGCGAGAAGACGGCCAAAUGGCAGUACACGCAACAGUGCGAUGAGCUUGCGUCCGAAAUCCGGAAACUGAGAGCUGAGAUUUGCAUGCUCCGUAAGGAAACCCGGUCCAGCUAUUCGGCCACUCCGGUUGGGCGGGGAAGUUUCAGCGUUCCGGGAGGAGAUCCGGGCCAGGACGAGCACUCAUCCCUGCCCGGCCUUUGCGCCUCGGUGCACGAUUCCAUCGAACUGCGAAAGAUCAAGAAGGUGCAGAGCUUCUUCCGAGGCUGGCUGUGCCGUCGAAGGUGGAAGCAAAUCGUCGAGGAGUACAUCCGGUCUCCGCACGCCGAAUCGAUGCGGAAACGGAACCACCUGGUGUUCAGCAUGGUCGAGGCCGAGGAGGAAUACCUGGAACAGCUGGAGGUUCUAGUAGCAUGCUUCCUGCGUCCGUUCAAGAUGGCCGCCAGCUCCAAACGGCCGCCCUGCUCCCACGAGGACGUCAACUCGAUAUUUCUCAACUCGGAAACGGUCCUGUUUCUGCACCAGAUCUUCCUCAAGGGUCUCACCUCCCGGCUCGAGUCCUGGCCAACGUUAGUGCUUGUUCUAGGUGAUCUGUUCGACAUGCUGCUGCCCAUGCUGAGCAUCUACCAGGAGUAUGUCCGAAAUCAUCACUACAGCCUGCAGGUGCUGACCGAGUGCAAAAGCAAUCCGAACUUUGCGACGGUCCUGAAGCGGCUGGAAGCAAAACCGACCUGUCAGGGCCGAAGCAUCGAGACGUUCCUGACCUACCCGAUGCAUCAGAUUCCCCGGUAUAUCAUCACCCUGCACGAGCUGUUGGCCCACACUCCUCACGACCACGUGGAGCGGAAGAGUCUGCAAAAUGCGCGCCAACAGCUGGAGGACCUUUCGCGCCAAAUGCACGACGAAGUUUCGGAGACGGAAAAUCUUCGGAAAAAUCUUGCCGUAGAGCGCAUGAUCGUCGAGGGGUGCGACAUUCUACUGGACGUCAAUCAGGUCUUCGUGCGACAGGGAAGUUUGGUGCAAGUUCCACCCGGACGAGGACGAAUCCGAAGCCGGCUGGCUUCGUUCAAAAGCGAACGCGAUGCGGUGCGACAGUGCUUCCUCUUCUCGAACCACAUGAUUAUAGCAACAAGGACCUCCGGAGGACGUCUCCACCUGCUACCAGACGUGGGCAAAAUUCCGCUGGCGGAUGCCACUCUGGUGGAGGAUCCUAGCGAAGUACAGCACGAAGAUGAAGACGCUUCCGUAUGCUCGGCAUCGACUCGAGGAAGCACCCUGAGCGUGACGGAAUCCGUGAAUGCUGGCAACCGGGACUUUAAAAUAUUUGUCGAGACAAAAUCCGGCGCUCGGCACAGCAUCCAUUUGGUAGCCCCGACGAUACAGGAUAAGGAAGCCUGGAUCAGUGACAUAUCGCAAUGUUUGGACAACAUUCACAUGCACUCGUUGCUUUCGCCCGGCAUCGGUGGAUCGUCCGGAGGAUCAAUCUUUGCAGGCCAUCAAGCAUUACGGGCCGAUCCACGGCUGUUCAAAGACGACGUAGACAUUCGGUUCUCGCGAACGCUCAACUCCUGCAAGCUACCUCAGGUGCGUUACGCCACCCCGGAAAGAUUGCUGCAGCGCCUGACCGAUCUGCGGUUCCUAUCGAUUGAUUUUCUAAAUACGUUCCUGCUUACCUAUCGAGUUUUUACCGACGGUGAAACUGUGCUCAAUGCGCUCAAAACGGUGUUCUACGAUCCUCCGGUUGAACCGCCAUGCGAUUGUGACCAUCAGACGGACUUCCUGGAGCUGCCGUAUCAGGAUGGGCGAGCUUCGCCUCGAAGAACGUCGGGAGCCAGCUCCGUAUCUGGGUAUUGUUCCGAGGGUGCCGACCGAGACCGUUCGAUGAGCGGUGAUUCAGUAGGUCUACGCUUCCGCGGUUCUCGCCGAGGCUACGGAAGCCAUCAAAGUUCGGAACAGGAAACCCUUUCCUGGAUUCCGGAACAGGUGGGCCCGGUCAUAAUACAUGGCACUCAUCAUCACGAGGAACCAAGCGAAAAGCAGCAAACCUCCCCAUCCAAAACCGAAACAAGUGGCCAUGUACAGAGUAAAUCGCAGCAUCAAAUUCACCAACAACAGCCCCAGGACGACUCCUAUCUGGUGAUUCCGAAACCAAUGGUUGGUUCCAGCAGCAGCGACACCCUAAUCGAGACAUCCAUGAGUGGACCAUCGUCACCGUCGAAUUUGAGCAGCGUGACAUUGGUCGGUUCGACCGGGUCCGGUGGCCAGGACAAAUCCGAAGAUCAAACACCAACCGAAGGAACGUUCAAGUAUGGCAAAGCCCCAACCGGACCACUGCCAGAACGUGUUAAUCCGAAGCAACGGAAAGACUCCACUCCGACUAUCUGCACAACGGAUACUUCCAACAUGCCACAGCAGCAUCAAGAUAUCAAGCAAAAGCAACAACAACAGCAGCAGCAUCAGCAGAUUAAAAUACCUCAAACGCCACCAACCGUAACCACUACUCCGUGCCACAGUCCAACACCAGCCCAAGUCCAUCAGCCGCCUCUUUCACCCGGACUUCAACAACAGCAGCAACAUCAUCAGCAACAUCAACAGCAAAGCCCGAAGGAGCAGCUUCCGGUAUGCCAGAAUGGGCAUGAAGGGCCGAAAAUAAUAACUCAGUCUUAUCUGGGCGGUGGCACCACAACCACAUCCACGACAACGGUCACGAUAACGACAACGACGACCACAACGCCUGCCAAAACUAUCUCGCCGCCACAUCUUCUUCCGAUGGACCGGCGGCCGAGCGUUGGGCACACGAUUGCCAUCCCGCAUGCCGCCCUCUGCCAGCAUCGGCACAGCCUGCAGCUCAACGGGGACGGGAGCUUCUACGGAAAGGGUAGUGAAAGGCAACAACCUUUGAUCAGCAGCCCCCGUCUGACCGCCCGGAAAUUCUCUGCCCCCAAGACGCCGGAACGGCAGCGGAAGAGUUUCUUCGGAACGCCGCAACGAGAACGUGACACUUCCAGCACCAGACGAUUUUCCGAAAGCGACGACGACAUGACCAAUUCGAUCUUCACGACGCCCCGCGGUUCGCUCGGUGGCGUCUCGCUCAAUACGUUAUCCUCCCGGGCGUCGAUGCAGCAUGACCACGUGCCCCACUGCUCCAGCAAGGUUGGGGUCGUCAUCACUUCCUCCCGGCAGUCCCAGCGCAGGAGUAGCACAUCGACGGCAGCCGCGGCAUUCGCGAUCGCUACCUCGGCUUCCAGCAAUCCAAGGGACGAGCCCCCCGAAGUGGAAGCCAGGAACCGAAAGGAAUCCGUGGUCAGUUCGCCGGCCACGAUGCGGGUCCUCAAUGUGCUGCGGCACUGGGUCUCGAAGCACUUCCAGGACUUCGAGCAGGAUGCAGCUCUGCGCUCCCAGACGAUAACCUUCCUGGACGACAUCACCUGCAGUCCGAAUCUAUUGCCCACCGAGCAUCGAGCUGCAUCCCAACUGCUGAGGCUGCUCUGCCGGGACGACAUCGACAGCGGGAAACAGAGGCUGGAAAUGCUGCUGACGCCCCCGCAGACUCCGAGCAAGGAAAGCAUCGAAACGUUGUCGGCUUUGGAAAUCGCCGAACAGAUGACAUACCUGGAUCAUCAGAUCUUUCUGGCCAUCCGAAGCGAGGAGUUUCUCGGUCAGGCGUGGAUGAAAUCUGACAAGAAGUCACGUGCAGAACAUAUCAUUCUUAUGACGAAGCGCUUCAACGACGGCUCUCGGUUGGUUUGCUCCGAGAUUGUGUCCAGAUCCAACAUGGCGGCCCGGGUCGCUGCCAUUGAGAAAUGGACGGCCGUGGCCGACAUUUGUCGCUGCCUUCACAACUUCAACGGAGUGCUGCAGAUUUGCGCUGCCUUCACCAAUGCUGCCGUCUACCGGCUGAAGAAAACCUGGGACAAAGUACCGAAAACAAUCAAAACGACAAUCACCAAGCUGCAGGCGGUGGUGUGUUCCGAUGGCCGGUUCCGGGCCAUGCGUGAGGCGCUGCACCGUUGCGAUCCGCCCUGCAUCCCCUACCUGGGCAUGUAUCUGACGGAUCUUUCCUUCAUCGAGGAGGGCACCCCGGACUUCACUCCGGAUCGGUUGCUCAAUUUUUCCAAAAUGCGAAUGAUCGCCCACGUGAUCCGGGAGAUCCGCCACUUCCAGCAGACGCCGUACAAGAUCGAUCACAUCCCGAAAGUUACCUCAUACCUGCUGGACACCUCGUUGCUGCUGGACGACGACGAGCUGUACUGCAAAUCGCUGCAAAUCGAGCCGCGCAGCUCCCGCCUGAGUGCCCCGAAUACGGCCAAUGUCUAAGUCAAGGCAGCCGCCCUAUGUAUGUAGUUACAAUCAACACAAACUUCUUUCGUCGACAAUCGUGAGUGAAUCCUAUUUUAACGUGUAACAGUGAGAAAAAUUUUACAACCUACCAUUUAAAAAAAAAUCCGUGAAAAAAAUUAGCUCGGAAAAUUGAUGAUUGCAAUUUUCCUACCGACGCACGGUAUGUGUGCUGUGAAUAAUCUGUAGUUUGUGAUGAACAAUCGUUACGUUAGAGCUGAACCGUGAGCGUGUUGAUAUGCUGGAGACUUCACUGAAUUUUAAAGAUCAAACCAAUUAAAACUUAUCCUGUUUCGGAGUACAACUUUAUCUGCAUCAACCGGAAAAAUCGCGCGAACUUUGUCCAUCGGAGGUGGAAAAAAUCCACCCUCAAUCUAACGAAGACCCCAGGUUUGAGUUGAAACAAAAAAAAAAAAAAAGAACCGAUGAUUCUGCUGUUUUUCCACCCUUGGAUCCAUUACCAACUUUUGAGCUGCAAUAAAUCAAUGCUUGCAUCAAAGUUUGCACUCCGGGCCGGCCGGGUUGAAAGUUCAUCGAGUUUACUAAACUGAUGAAAUUUAUGAAAGUGAAACUCUCAUUGAGGAAUAGCUGGGUUUCAGACGCGAUCGAAGAUGUGCGGUGCAGAUAAAUAAGCUUCUGGAUCAAUCAAAAACGCCUUACCAAAAUGAGGUUGUUAAGGCAUACACAAUUUACCACCAUGUUCCUUCAAGCUUGGAAAUGAAGACACUGCUUCAGGUAUCAUCGAUCGAAGGAUAUUCUUGAAUUGUAGGAAAGUCACCGAUAGUGUAAAUUUACCGGUCGAGAAAAACCAUGAUGAAUGGAUCCGGACAGUAAGAUUUGGCUGUCAUCAAUCAACAGUAAGAUAAAUCAACGUAAUUUUGCGCAUAUCCUGCAUCACAUUUGCAAAAAAAAAUACAAUCAACAAACAUGAAUCAAAUUCUCACAGUUCCCCAACAGUUUGCAGGAACAGUAAAUUACAUAAUUAUAACAAAUAAAACCACAACCAAUCUCCUCCCUUUUGCCUUUCGAUCGUUGAAAAUUCAGAAUAUGAGCCAUUUUUAUCUUAUCCAAUAUAAAGUAAGAAAUUAGUAGCGAUCUUCCUAGGGAUGUUCGAAAUCUUCCACUGCAAGUGUUGAAUGAAACCAAAAAAACCGAAGAAAAACUAUAUUUAGCUAGUAGAUUAGAAUGGUCAAUGUUAUGCUGGUCAUAACCACCCUUUUAUGCUAUGAAAGUUAAACUUAUGAAAAAAAUUGGUAGUUUGUAGAUAACAGAUGGGUAAAAAUAUCAUCUCAAAAAUAAACAUUCGCCACAUUGACUGGAUGACAAGAAGCCAAUAUUUAAAAAAAAUCACUGUAUCAAGCAGUUUACCUUUUAAACAGAUCUUAACAUAUCUAACGUUCGAGCGUCACCGAGCUCAGAGAGAUUCGCUAGAUUUUCUCGUGAGCGAUAAACUGACAACCGAUGACUCAAAAUCGAUAAAAUUAGGAAACCUUAUGCUAACCACCAAAACAAAGCCCGGAGGAAACAUAUUGGAGUGUAACACAACAUUUGGAUACAGUCAGGUUAAUAUUUGUGAAAGGUUUCGGUACAGAUCGUUGGGAAGGAAAACAAAAUGAGUGAAGCAACGUGAAUGCGGAGUAUAGAAUCUUAGAUUAUUAUCACUCGGAAUGUACUUUUUUGUUUUGAAUGAAACUAUUAUGAAAAAUCUCUGACAAGGGUAGCCCAUGGUUUCGAAUGCCGCUUAGUCUGAGGCAUUCGCUGAACAAAUCGCUUUUUUUACAACGCUCUUC